GCCACUGACUGUGAAAAUGUCUUUGUCAAGAGGCAGGACUAGUUCUAUAUUUGGACCUGUCAUUCUCAAAGUGAUUCAUUUGCUGUCUUUCCACCUAAAUUAUGGGUUGUUUCCCUUGCUAUGAAUAAUGUCCUCAUGCAUACGUUGGGUCCUACAUACGAUGAAGUUUAAUUAACUAGCCGCAUAUACUAUUCGCAAAGUUAUUUUCUUAUGAAAUAGGCCUAAUUGAUUUAGAUAUGGUGACAAUGGUGUUGUUUCGGAAUCUCUUCCAGAAUAUCGCCUAGGAUUAUGGGAUUAAAAUUGGACAAUUGGUAUGAAAGCUAUUAUUUAAGACUUCUCCCAGACUUAAGGUUGAGACAUCGGGCCCUCAGGGGCUACCUUUAGAGUUGCCAGUUAUUACGUUAUUGUGCUUGGAAGUGACAACAUUGUCCAAAGUUUACAACAAUGAAACUUGUUCGGAACAUGCUGCCGUGGAGAAGAAAUCUAUUUUUAGCCUUUGUUGUGCUGACAUUACUCAUGACAUAUGCAGCGCUAAGGUAUAUAAAUAUUGCCGAUUUAAGAAAUCCUUCCCUGGUGUACCUCACUGUUCUGAACCAACCAGUGCUCUAUAAAGAAAGGAUUAACACUUAUCAUAUUCAGAACAUAGACAAAGAAGCAACAAAGGAAAUUGAUAAAACAUGGGUGGAGGUAGAUAAAACAUGGCCCUCUUUGCAAAGUACCAGCAUUACACUCGGCGAAUUACAAGAGAAAUAUAACAGGUGCAAGUCUGUGUCUGUUCGUGUCAACAGUGAAUGCAAGUUGGUUCACAGCAACUUUUCAUUCGUCUGGAAGUCCCACUCAAAGUCUGCUAAGACUAAUGUAGAUGAUUUUAACCGCAUGAACUUGGCAUCAUCGUGCUGUGCUUACUUUUAUGAUGAACUAAUGAGACCAGCUCCAAGUGCAGAUCUUUUUUCUUGGGAGAAGGAUUACUUAUCAUCCCCUUACUUGCAGAAUCUGGAAGAUAUUGCCUGGGCAAAUCACUCUACAAUAUCAAUAGAAUCUAUGAAAGAUGGUGUGUACUCACUUGGCAGUAGGAUCAAGCUCAACAUUGUUCUUUUCAACGGCCGCAAGGAACAUAGAACUUUGGGAGGAGAUAAAAUCGAAGUCUGGUUGGUGAGUAAGGACCUGAAAGCCGCCAUCGCUGCUGAUGUCACUGACAACUCGGAUGGCACAUACACAGCUGUGACCUUGCUGCCGUGGAGCGGAAGUGUCAAGGUCAAUGCGGCUAUUGCUCAUCAUAGAGAACUAUUCAGAACGAUGUGUUAUAUACAGCGUGUGUUCAAGACGACACAUUCCUUUGUUGGAAACUUUAUAUCUGGGACUGCUUCUGAGGCCACCCCUUGCUCCCCAUUCCCAAGCCUUCCUGAGUAUUCCCAGGAUGAGAUGUGUAACUUUACUGCCAUUAAUGGUUUUCCUUGGUUCUGUGGACGUCCUGUGAAAAGGGAUUAUCUCAAUUGUUCACAUUUUGUCUCUGUGACAAAAUUAAAUUUGCCUAGCUAUCUCCCCCUGACAGAAGCUGAGGAGAAGUUGCUGAACAUGACAGAAACACAGAGGCCAUUUCUUAUACCUAACAAUAUAACAAUCAAGGUUGUACCAGCAGACGCCUCUAAUGCAGCUAAAGUAUUGCCUCCACCUCAAGAGAAAUGUAAUCAACGAAGUUUGGCCAUGACGUUUGAGGAAAGAAAUUCUGAUGGAUUUUUUUACAAAGGAAAGUGGAGGCCAUUGAAUUGUGAACUGCCUAAUGUUGAUUUAGAAUUUCUUUUAAAAUGUUUAUCAAAUACUAUGAUGAUACUUGUAGGGGACUCCAAUGGUAGAGCACAGUACACCAACAUCAUCAAAAUGGUACCUUGUGUUGAAAAAAUUAAAAUGACAUCGGUUGCUUGGCAUGCCCCACUAAGGUGUGAAAACAAUACAUUCAACAUAUCCAUUCAGUUCUAUCCUCACAAAUUACCUUUUUAUGGAUCAAAGGAAGAGUCGUUAAAAAAUGAAGUUCUCUAUUCUGAAGUAACCAUAUUGGAUUCUAUUCCUAAUGUUGGGAAGUACAUCGUCUAUAUCCACAACUUCCUGCACAUGGUACCUUUCCAUUUAUCACUAUCCGAACAUCACCUCAAACUUGUCCGACAAGCUGUGAAGCGGGUCUUAGCCAGAAACCCUCAGGUGAUUAUAGUGUACCAAUCGGCUCACAGCGCCUACGACAGGACUCCAAUGAACAAACAUAAGAUGGGCGUUUUUCUUCUGGAAAUGCAAAAAAGUCUACUCAAAGAUCUUGGGGAGAGAGUUAUGUUUGUGAAUACCUGGCCAAUGACUGUGGCUAUGGCCAACAGUGAAGGACAUCCACAGUUUUCAGAAAUGUUCACAGAUUUGUAUUUUGGCUCAGUGUGCCAACGCGUCUGAAUUAAUUCUCACAAGAGAGAACAAAUGGAAGGAUUGGUUGACUUAUUGCUCAGCUUGUAGUGCCUUAACAAAUCUUAGGAAUAAAAUAUGUAUCUCAAUGUAAUGGCAGCUACAGUCUCAUGAGCAGAAGAAUCCAAAGAUUCAAAGUGUAAGGACCAUUUAGUUCCUAACAUGGCUUUGUUUCUUUAAGGGAGUUAUACAGAUCUGCUCUGGUUUUGUUUCUUCAAGUUUUUUUUAUAUCGGCUAGCCAUAUAGAUGUGGUUACAUUAUACCCAAGAAAUGGUAACUGGAUUUCAAAAGAGAACAGUAUUUGAAGUAUUGGCUAUUCAAUAACGGACAUUGGAGUUCUGUAAUAGAACUUCAUAAAUAGAUUUGUUACCUUUGCCUUUUAAUAUCGCUGUAUUUAAUAAGGUACCAUGUUAACCAAUGACUUAAAUUCUGCCAAGUCACUGGUUUUCCUGGCUAGCUCGGGCAACCCAUUCCAUGCUCUAAUAGCACUAGGGAAGAAGGAGCUUUUGUAAAAAUUUGUCCUAGCAUAUGGAGUGAGGAAUCUGACUUUAUCUUUGUGUCUGAGUAUUUAUUAAAUUUAGUUUUUGUAUUUGAAUAUUAUGGUUUAGUUUUAUGUAUAAUUGCUACUUUACUUUUAAGUCUUCUAUCCUAAAGGCUUUCUAGGUGUUACUUAAGUCAAAUGUGAAUAUUCGUUUGUAAUGAAUCUCACUGCUCUAUUUUGUGUCUGUUCCAGUUUCUUAAUGUUUUCUUGAGUUGAGUCCCAAACAGAGGAUGCAUAUUCUAUUAUUGGCCUAACCAAGGUUAAAUAACAUUUUAGUUUUAUGUUCUUAUUUGAUUUAUAGAAAUUUCCUUUAAUAAACCAUAAUGCUUUGUUUGAUUUUUGAUAGCUUCAUCAAUAUGUGGAUUCCAUGACAGAACUGGUGACAUGAAUUAGUCCUACGUUUGUGACCAGAAUGUAACAUUGCAUGCUGACAAAUAACUAGUCUUCUAUGGUUGUGAUAAAUGAUACCAUGAGACAAGGGAGGUAAUACAAACUCCUAGGUCAGUAAUAUUGGCAUCUGUUGCCUUUCCAUCACAGUUUUAGCUAGAUGAGACAAUUGUCUUUGGGCUGUGAGGUGUGUACACUUGUGUAACAUUGAGGCAACACCCUCACUGGAAAAUGUUUAGCUGCCAGACACAGCUCCUAAAUACCCCCCCCCCCCCAAAGAGCAAGUAAAAAAUAUUAUUUUAUUAAUAAAAAGUUGAAAAGUUAUUUCUACUUCACUGGCAUAUAUAUAUGUGUCAUCUUAAUAUUAUUAUACUUACUUUGUAACGAUUGAAAACAAUAAUUGUUAUUUUAGCCAUUAUGUUUUUGUUGUUUUUUGUUUUUGUACAUGACUUCUUUUAAAGUUGUUGAAUGAAAUAUCAACUGUAGUAAUAAACUACAUUUUCACUAAAUUAGUUUUAUAUCAGUUCUUUCAAUCCUCCUAACUGUAAUCCAACAUGUUUGCAUCUAUCCAUUCAGGAGAUGAAAAUAGUUGUUUGGUCAUCUUUAAUUGGUUGGGCUGUUAGAUUGUCAAAGGGGAACAACGCGCAGUAAACAUAAUAUUAUUAGGAUUUUAAAUUAAUUCCCCUUGCCUGUCAAACUAGAUUUAAUUAUUAGAUUUGUAUUGACACAAAAGCUGGGUUUUAACCUAUACUAUAGUUUAGGGCAUUCAGUUACUAGCCCCACGUUACUUGCAGUAAAGAUUACGAUUACUAAGAAAACUAUCCUAGUUUAAUGUUAGCGAAAAGGCCUUGGCUAUGUUUUAUCACGCUCAUAUCUGCAAUAUUUUAAGUUUCAAUAUCACUGCCUGGAAUAGCAAUCUGAGC